CUACCUUACUUAUAGGACCACACUGCAUUUUCCCUCCUGACCAGGACCGGGUGAUACAUGAGAGAUGGAUGCGGCGGCGGACGAGAAAUCCCCCGCUGUCGAGCAAGUGCAACUUCUGGACAUCAGCUCCAACUCCAGCUCCAGCACCGACCCGACCCCGGCGGAGCCCCAGGACGCGGGGGGCACCGAGAAACCCCCGUACUCCUACGUGGCUCUCAUUGCCAUGGCCAUCAGGGACAGCUACGACAAGCGGCAAACGCUAAGCGGAAUAUAUGAUUACAUUACCUCGAAGUUUCCAUUCUACGAGAGGAACAAAAAGGGGUGGCAGAACAGCAUACGCCACAACCUGAGCCUCAACGAGUGUUUCGUGAAGAUCCCAAGAGAGAGCAGAGGGGACCGAAAAGGGAAUUAUUGGAUCCUUGACCCGGCGUAUGAGGAUAUGUUUGAGAAGGGUAAUUACCGGCGGAGGAGGAGGGUGAACAGGCUGUACCGACACCCGAGCGUGCCUUACCUGCCCGGGAGCGCCAUGGACUAUCCCGGGCCGCUCUACCUCCAGGAAAAACAUCUGUACAUGCAGCCGUACGCCAGCAGCGCCUGGACGCUGUGCCAGCCGAGCUCACCCCAGUCGACCGGCUACCCUUCAUCGCAAGUCAUCAGCGGACACACCCGCUCCGUCUCCCCGAGCGGGUACACCCCGGCCCCGGUGAGCACCUACUGCCCUGCCCCCGCCUCCCACUUCCACCCUGCGUACGGGGCUUACCACCGGCACCCGUCCGUCCUGGUGCCCCAGAACGGCUGCCCCUACGGCGGCGUGACCCAGCCCAUCAGCCCCGACGGAGGCACCGUCUCCAUGGCCAGCUACUCCCAGUUCACCUAUGCAAGACACCCGGAGCCGCCUGUCGUCCCCUCGUACGAUCAGUAGGCUUUAGCCUGUGAGCUGCCAUCCGGACAGCCAGAAAUUUACAGACUCAAAGUUCAUCUGUUGCACAUUUCAGUGUGGCUGUCAUGCGUUUGUCAGGUAAAAACUGAUGUUAAAAUGUGACUUAUGGCGGGUGUGUUCAUUUGGAGUUGGCCUGACUGUUGCUGAUACUGGUUCAAAAGCCAAGGAUUUUUUUUUUUUUUUUUUUUCAAUAGGUCAUACAAGUUUUAGUUGAGAAAAAUGGCACCUUUAAGUGCAACUGUGCAGGGAGACUGCUGAAUUAAGUUUCAGAAUAACUUACUGUAACCUGGGCUGCUUUAUUUUCUUCUGUUGGAAAUCUACUUUAUGGGCCCACUUUUAGGCCUGCCACCAGAACAGGAUCAAGGUGUCUUUUUUUUUUUUUUUUUUUGUAAUAGACACGUUAUACUUGCAGAUGCAUGUGUGACCAUGUUAUUUAUUUUCGUUAUUUUGUUUAAUCAAAUUGUUCCUCAGAGUUUUCCCACUUGUCAGG